CCGAGGCCGACUUCCCUUCCCCUUCCGGCGGGCGGGCGGCGAGCGCCGGAGUCUCUCCCGCGGCCGGGCCGGUUCCUGCGGUUCUCCGUGGCGAGCAUGGCCGGUCGGAGAAGCCGGGCCGCCCUCCGGCUCUGCGCCACAGUCGUUUUACUUGAUGUGGCUUUCUGUAAAGGAUUUGUGGAAGAUUUAGAUGAAUCGUUUAAAGAAAAUCGAAAAGAUGACAUUUGGCUUGUAGAUUUCUACGCACCAUGGUGUGGCCAUUGUAAAAAGCUGGAGCCCAUUUGGAAUGAAGUUGGCCAGGAGAUGAGAAGCAUUGGUUCUCCAGUGAAGGUUGGGAAGAUGGAUGCUACUUCCUAUUCCAGCAUUGCUUCAGAAUUUGGAGUUCGAGGUUAUCCAACAAUUAAGCUUUUAAAGGGAGACUUGGCAUAUAAUUACAGAGGGCCACGAACUAAAGAUGACAUUAUUGAAUUUGCUCACAGAGUAUCUGGGGCUUUAAUCCGGCCACUUCCAAGUCAGCAAAUGUUUGAACAUGUACGGAAGAGACAUCGUGUGUUUUUCGUUUAUAUAGGAGGAGAAUCACCUUUGAAAGAGAAGUUUGCCGACGCCGCCGCGGAGCUGAUUGUAUAUACGUACUUCUUUUCUGCCGCUGAAGAUGUCGUUCCUGAGUAUGUGACACUAAAAGAGAUGCCUGCUGUGCUUGUUUUCAAAGAUGAAACCUACUUCAUCUAUGAUGAGUAUGAAGAUGGUGAUCUGUCUGCAUGGAUCAACCGGGAGAGAUUUCAGAAUUACCUUACAGUGGAUGGCUUCCUUUUGUAUGAACUUGGAGACACAGGGAAGCUUGUGGCUAUUGCAGUUAUUGAUGAGAAAAACACUUCAGUUGAACACACCAGAUUGAAGUCAAUUAUUCAAGAAGUUGCUAGAGAUUACAGAGACCGCUUCCAUAGGGAUUUUCAGUUUGGCCACAUGGAUGGAAAUGACUAUAUAAAUACCUUGUUGAUGGAUGAAUUGGCAAUCCCUACUGUGGUUGUGCUAAAUACUUCAAACCAACAAUAUUUUUUGCUGGACAGACAGAUUAAGGACACCGAAGACAUGGUCCAGUUCAUUAGUAGCAUUUUGGAUGGCACAGUAGAGGCCCAAGGAGGCGAUAGCAUUUGGCAGAGAUUGAAAAGAAUAGUGUUUGAUGCCAAAUCUACCAUUGUGUCUAUAUUCAAGAGCUCCCCGCUCAUGGGCUGCUUUCUCUUUGGCCUGCCACUGGGUGUCAUCAGUAUCAUGUGUUAUGGAAUCUACUCAGCGGACACCGAUGGGGGCUACAUAGAGGAACGGUAUGAAGUGUCCAAAAGUGAGACUGAAAGCCAAGAGCAGGUGGAAGGAAACCCGGAGCGGCAGGAGCCGAGCAGUGCCGGGUCUCCAGUGCCGGCUGAGCAGGAGCCCAAGGAUGCCUUAGAGAAGAAGAAGGACUGAGACUUCACUGUUGUACAGUAUUUGAUAGCAUUUCAAAUUACUAAAGAGUCUAUUUAUUGAAUUUAGACACUUAUUCAUGAUCUUUACAGAAGAGAACAUGUUCUUUGUAUUUUGCUAUUAUCUACUGCAUGAGUAGUUCUUUCAAAAAUAGGGAGAUGUUUGGAACAAAAAGAUGAAUGGUUUGUGUAGAAGAGCAAAACCACAUCACUCCAUCAGAUUGACGCCAUACACGUUAUUACGAAACCUGAGUUGUACUUGCAUGUUUUCUAUCUGAAUAUUUUGUGAUGACAGUGUAUUCCAUGGGCAGAGGAUACAGAUCGUCCAAUCAGAUAGAAGACACAUGUUUGAUAAUACCUCUAUCUCCUACAGUCCAUUCCCUCAUAUAUUUUGGAUAAGAUUUAUACAGACAAAGUCUUUAAGAAAAUCAAGGCACUUUAAGGAAAAUUAAAACCUUUUUCUGAAUAUCAUAUUAAGAUUAUGAAGCUAAAGUGUGGAUUUAUAUAACAUAGUAAUUUUAUUUUAUUAUUUUUAAGGGAGAGGAAAUGUUACUUUUUAACUUUGUAGUCGGUUGUAUUGUUGUAAAGUUUUCAAAGGGGCAUAUGUAGUGGGGAAAGUGUCGGGUUGUAAUUGGCCUUUGCAAAAUCAAGCAGGAUUCUUGGAGUGGUGGCCUCGGACAUGCCAGGAAACGGUCCUCGUGACAGGGAGGGAAGGGUCUGUUUCAUCCUAUCCUAGCCAUAAUAGUAGUGUUUUUACUUUGUCAUUUUUGUUUUAUAUAUUGGAAUUUCUCCUAAAGUUUCCUUUGAUACAAAUCUGAUACUAUUCAGAAAGUAAUAUAUAUUGUAUUUUUUAUGUUUAUGGAAUGUAAACUUUAUGAUAACCUAUAGUCCAAAAUAUGCGCAUAUUGUGUGUACAUGAAAUUUUGUGACACUCAUAUCAUAUCUUGUCAUGUUAAUGAUAGUGACUGACAUAAUCAGCAUAUCAAACAACUUCAUUCUCAGUUUUGUCACUCUUCAGUGAGUGACUGUCUUCUGUCCAGAGUAGAAUGAUAAGAAGGUUUUUAUCCCAGUGUCGAAUAAUUGAUAUUGCUUAGAUAACAGCUUAAUAUGCUUAUUUUAGUUUAGUUUGUUAUUUUUCAAGGCCUUUGUCUUAGCCAACUUUAGAAUUUUUAUUAUAUAACUAUCAUCUCAGUAGUUAUUCAUUGAAUAGUUAUCCAUUACAAAGGUUUCUGAUGAACAGUUAAAGAUAUGUAAUUUAUGGUCCUGAUACUGAUGCUGUGGUUUUGGUCGUCAGGGACUAUUUGCUUGUUUCUCAAGCCAUCUGCUCAGAACUAGACGGAAACUUCUGUAUGUUAAGCAGUAAGGAACUCCUUGUAGUUGUGUCCAUGUGCUACUCUAUUAUUUAAUCAUGAAAUGCCCAUUUGUCAUGUUUGGUACCCCAUUAUUAUAUUAUUUUUAUUAAUGAAGCCAAUCAUGGGGAAUUUCAGGAGAUACUAGAAUGAAAUUCUCUUAAAUGAAAACUAGAGAUUAGGAUUGUUAAUUUAACAAGUAGAUUCCUUUCCAAAGAACAGUGAACGGCUCUUUGGGAAGGUGACUGUCAAGCUCAUUUUGCAGUCUUGGAUAGCACAGAAAUCUCACUGGAGCCUCCCGCUGGGAGGCAGGUGAGCAUUUACCACUGACUUGAACACGCGAUUACGUUAAAUGCAUCGAUGUUUUUCUUUUAUCUUAAUAAUGUUAAAAUGUUAAUUAUUUGUAUAGUUUUUUCUUUUUUGGUCAUUAUCUGUUAAUGCUGAAAAGUUAGGAUGUGUAAAGUGCAAUGUGUAUCAGCAAACAAAUCUAGUGGUCUUAUUUUAUAUUCUGUGCUGUGUUUCUUUGUACAUAGCUGCCUUAGUUUUCUUCAGUUAAAUAAUUCUGCUGUUGCUUCAUAGUUUUAUUAGUUUUUAAUGUGUGUGGUUGGGAAAUGUUGUUUGUGUGGUUGGAAAAUGUUGCUUGUGAGUGAAUAAUGUUAUUUCUGCUUGUAUUAAAACUUUAAUUUUUGCUUGCUCCUGUUUGGAAAUAUUUUUGUAUAAGUGUGAGAGCGCUCACAACAUUUUGAAAUUCCCUCGCCAUUGUUAGGCUUUUCUGUUCAGUCAGCUGUUAUUAGAGCUUUACUGUGAAUGCAACUUCUUUUUAAGAAAAAGUACUUCAAAAUGAAGGCACAUCUUUUCCACUUGUCUCUAGUGGAAGAAUGUCAGCAUCAUAGUGCAGUGAAUCUUACUAAAACUGUAUCAAUAUUUCUGUCUUUUGGAAGCUGGGGUUUUGCCAUUUUAGUUACAUGAAGUUCCAUUUCUGACUUUCAAGAUUCAGAAUUCUGGAUACUUGAUGUUGGUUAAUAUGGUGCUCAGAAAAUAGUUAAUGAUAUUUCAAAGAGAAAGUGGAGUUUUUUUUUUUUUUUUCAAGUACUGUGUACCCACUAUAGCUUGCUAUCUUUUUGGUUUCAUUGUAUAAAUAAAUGUUGUUUACCUACUGCUGUCCCCGCCUUGUUUGAGGAGUAUUUGACCUGCAAUUUCCAUUUUCCUCCUCUCACCCAUUACUUCAUAGUUUCAGGUAUAGAAAUAACAUUAAGAUGCCAAAUGCCCAGAUGUUGAAAGAAAGAUCAAAAUAAGAAAUAAAAACAUUAGCUGCAUUGUUUAUGUUAGUGGAUUUUGUUGUUAAAUUUUAUUCCUGCAUCAUAGGACUUGGAGGCAGGAUGAGGAGAGUGAAAACUGCCCUUGUGCAGAGAUGAAAUAAGCCAGCACGGGAAGUUAAGACUCUCACUUAGUCGCUGGGGUGAGGUUUGCCAUUUUAUUUUUAUAAGCAUAUAGUUUUUUUCUGAAUGCGUCCAGGAGUGGACAAGCAGUAAUUUUCUAUUUCAGGUUAAUCUGUGAAGGUUUUGAAAGUUGGUAUUACUAACUUGUUGAAUAUAUGUCACCAAUUGUAAAUCUUUGAUUUUCUAAAAUAAAAUAAUUGAAAAU